AUGGACUCUAUCUCAACCCACCGUUUUCGACUCACUCCAGGUGUCCCCAUACUUUGUGAUUUCAACAAUAGUAGACUGUUGCUGAAAAUCCGUCGACAGCCCACGACCGGUUUCGCCCUUUUUGGAUCUCUCCAGGCGCAAUCCCCGGGUUUCCGUCAAACUUAUGUUCUACCUGAAACCAAAUUGCACGAAAUUAGCGAAUAUACACUCAUUUGCCUGAGAACAUCACAAACGAGAGAGUCAGCUGGGUUCCAGUGGGACCCUUCAUGUGAUAGGUGUGUCCGUCAUUGUGACCGGAACAGUUUUGUUAAUAGUCGGUAUGAGCCUGUGUGUUCUCACUCCGUUCGUCCUGCACCGCUCAGGCGUCGCCAGCUAUUGCAGUGCUUUUACAGACCUUCAAAUGACCAGAGUUCUACGGAUCGACCAACCAACCGAGUUACACAAACUCUGUCAGAAGAUGCCACUCUGGUGGACAUCAAGGGAGACCAUCCGUUGGAUCCACAAACUGAAGUAACCCUAUCUCGACUCACCGUUCCUGGUGCAGAAGGAGUAUCUCUCAAGGGAAGCAGACAUGAUGGACCGCUACAAUUUCGGCCCGAUCCUAACAAGAAAUCAUUCGCCAAACAGUUAAGUGUUGUCCCGUCGAUUAUUCAUCCCAGUCAGACAACGACCGAUGUUCAAGUACAUCCUCGCCCUCCUAGAGGAAUGGAAGUUAGUUUCAGUAUAGGAGGUGGUGACAGUGUCCUUUCACGUGCAUCGACUCCGAAUGAACGAAAUAGUCAGGGAACGUUGAAUGAAGAUGUCUGAAUCGGAACGUGCGGUCACUCGAUACCCCAUUUCCUGAGGAAAGCUGUCCUUAACACACAUGCGCGUGCCCAAUACUCGGAAGCAACAAACUACAAUAUACGGUGGGUCUCAAACUGUCCUCCACAUGUACACCAAGAAAACUUUUAUGGAACUGCACACAUUACUUUUCUGAGUUACCUUCUCUAUUCUGGGUAUUUGUGAGUUCAAU